GCUGUCACUCACAAUGUCCCCACUGUCCCCAAUGUCCCCAAUGUCCCCAAUGUCCCCAGGUGCUCAGUAACAGUAACCAGCUGUACCUGAAGGCGGUCACUCAGGCCGACGCCGGCCGUUACGUCUGCAAGGCCAUCGUGCCCCGGAUCGGCGUGGCCGAGAGGGAGGUGGCCCUGUUUGUCAACGGGCCCCCGAUCAUCUCGAGCGAGCCGGUGCAGUUCGCGGCGCGCGGCGACCGCGGCAAGGUCGAGUGUUUCAUCGGCAGCACGCCGCCCCCCGACCGCAUCGCGUGGGCGUGGAAGGAGAACAUUCUGGAAGCGGGGACGCUGGAGCGCUACACGGUGGAGAGGAGCACCACGGCCAGCGGGGUCCUGUCCACGCUGACCAUCAACAACGUCAUGGAGGCCGAUUUCCAGACGCGCUACAACUGCACCGCCUGGAACAGCUUCGGACCCGGGACGGCCAUCAUACAGCUCGAGGAGAGAGAGGUGCUGCCCGUGGGCAUCAUCGCCGGGGCCACCAUCGGGGCCAGCGUCCUGCUCGUCGGGGGCCUGGUGGCCCUGGCCUGCUUCCUGUACCGGCGGCGCAAGGGAA